UUAAUAGAGAGCGUCAGCAGCAGUGGCAGAGUGGCAGUCACCUCCCGGGUUGCUGCCCCCUGAGAGGUGCCGAUCCACAUAAUCUCGGCAGCCCACCUGGAUUUUAUUUGGAAGUGGAUGGGUUCGGUGAUAUCCCCUGGGGCAAGAGAAGCACCGACGCUAAUCUACAGGCGAGAUUAGGCGCUCGCAAUUGUGCGUUUCAUUGACUUGUGCAGCACUUGUGCAGGUGUUUGGCUCAGCUCCGCACGCCCCUGUCCCUGACAUGCAAGGCACAUCAGCCCUCUGAUUUGCCCGUCCCGCAAACGCUCAGGGGCCCCCGGCACAGAUUGGAUGAACAUUUGACGAUGCCUCAGAGCCCCCGUCCCCCGGUCUCCUUCUCAUUUCCCCGACCCGCUCUAUCUUGGGUGUCGCCGGUGCGUGCUGUGUGUUGGUCCUGGGCCUGGGCCGCUCUUCUUUGAGCCGCCUCCUCUUCUGCCGCCGGGUCGAUCACUGUUUUGUCUCUCUUUCCUGCUCCUCAUCAGGAUCCCACUCCUCUUCUCACCUUCGACCUUGCCUUGGCGUGAAGCUUUCACCGAGAGGACUUCGAUGCUUGCACCAGCCUCAUAGUCGUCGUCCUCCGCCUCGCAAGCCUGCCAGCAGGUCGCACAUUCGUUACGAGCGGUCCUCAGUCCCUAAGUCACUCAUUUUUAUAUAGUCGUUCCAUCUUUUUGUUGAACAGCCGCUCCUUUUCCAUCCCAAGGCACCUGGAGUUUGUCCAUUGCCUCAUUCCUCACCCUGCAAGCCAGCCAGCCCUUCUGCCGAAGUUAUUACACCCCGGUCGCCCUCCACCGUCUCGACGACAAAGCCUUAAUAUCUGCAGGAUCGAUUGUCUUCUGCUACGACUCGGCCGUAAACAAACAGCAAAAAGCCCACCUCACCUCACCGAAACUACCUGACCCCCCUGGCAGAGCUGGUGUUUAAUAGCGCAAACAUGGACGGAAUCAACUACGUCCAUCAUCUGGGCCCCAGAAUACCCAUGCGGAGGAGUGUCGCCAUGCAGCCUGGGCACGAGACCGUGGCAAGGGCUUGGAACGUCGUCCCUAGCCGUGUGGUUGGACGAUCGUCAAGCUCUGAGGACUGCAUCGAGAGCCCCUCCUCUAACACAUGCGAGAAGCCCACCAACCUGAACGUGUCAACGCAGAUCACCGUCGGUGUCUUGGUUCCGGUGGUGGUGGUUUUUGCAUGUGUCAUCUUUUACUUCCACCGCAGGAACAUCAAGCGCCAGGCCAUGGAGGAUGCUAAUGAGGCUCACAAGUCGUUGGACUUUGGUGCGGGAGAUGGUGGAAGUUCAAAGUCAAAGCGCAAGAGCGCUCUGGGUCUUGGUGGUGAGAAGUCAAAGAAGACCCGUGGUCUGUCACUGGACAUGAACCUUUCGAGCCCCUACCUGCUGCCCGAGAACGUCCAAGGCUCGCGGGAGUCGAUGAACUCGCUCGCCAAGACACUGCACCAACCCGACGACCCAUACCGACCGAUCGCUACCUACAUGAGCGAGACAGGCUCCAUCCGCUCCCUCGAAAAGUCCGGCCGAUACGCUCCCUCGGUCACGACAUCCUCGACAAAGCGCGUCUCCGGCGGGCGCCAGUCGUACGCCUAUCCGAAGUCUCCCGGCUACCCACAGCCCACUCCUCUCCGACAGAACUCGUACCCCAAGUCGCCCUCUCCUCUGACCCCCAGUGCUUCGUCGUCAGUCACUGCCGUUGAAUCUCCGUCCUCCGACCUUGCACCGUCGGUUCCCGGAAAGGAACACACGGUCCCGGAGCAUCAGCCUAUGCCGCGUCACGACACUUCUUCUCCCACCCCUGUCAUCCCCGAGAUCCGACAACCGGCUCCAGUGGCACAGAGGGAUGCCCCUGAGCCACCCAAGACGCUGAACAUGCCCGAAUUCUCAAACCACGGCAGCAAGGAAUCGGUUGAUGAGCUCGCAAUCCGGUCAACCACGGACAGCAGCAUCGGUCUUGGUGUGCUGGGCGGUCCUCAAGCCCCCAAGCAAAACUCGCCAAUGGCUGAGGUUGCCGUCAAUGCGGGCCCUGGUCACCAAAGCGUUAGUGCCGCAAUCGAGUAUAGCGAGGACUACGCCGACUACGGCUUCCCACCGGCGAUCGAGGAGCCACAAGAGGAGGAGCGUGGACGUGGGCGUGUUCGUGAGAGUGCUCUCGGUGUUCCCGCACAGAACAGCAACCGCUUGUCGAUUGGAUUCCGCCCUCUGCCGCCAGAUGAGGUGAUCGAGUCUGAGGACCCAGAGACGCGGGCCAACCGCAUUCGAUCCUUCUACAAGGAAUACUUCGAGGACAAGGACCCCAGCAAACAAACACAGUACGCCGCGGGUGCUGCAAACCAGAUGGGGGAUGGCGCCUACUUUGACCCUGAUUCCAACCAGUUCAUCAUGCCUUAUGCGCAGCCCGUUGGCCGUCGUGCGAUGACGCCUCCUCCAUCUGGAUCCCGCUUCCCCGGUCCGCGAGGCCCUGGACCCCGCGGACCUGGGCCCAGGGGUCCGGGAUCGCCCGGCCCCAGAGGCCCAUUCCGCGGCCGGCCCCACGCCGGCUCCGUCAGCGGCAUGAGCAUGCCACGUGCCGGCUCUGCCAUGUCCUUCGGCCCUCGACCUGACUCCUCUGCAUCCGGCCGUGCUCCUCGCUCCGGCUCCGCCAUGUCGGCAAAGCCCCGCAAGCCCAUGCCGCCCCCUGCUGCCCUGAACACCCUGCCCACACCGUCUAAACUCACGGACGACCACUUCUCCCUCAUCAACGCCGCCGACUUCGCUCCUCCAGAGUCAAUGAGCGAACGCGUGGCCGGAAGGUCUCAGAGCCCUCUCGGCGAGCGUCGCCAGUAUGCACCCAAGGUUCCCGCUGCUUCACCUCUAGUGAGCACCUUCGACGAGAUGGCUGCGCUCCCUAGCCCUCACGUCCUGCGGAAGUCGAGCACGUUCACUGGUCUUGACUUUGCCCCGCCACGCAAGUUCAAGGACCCCGACGCGAUGAGUGACGCGGGCUCUAUCCGAUCCAACCGCAGCGGUGUGUCCCAAGCAGCCAGCUACGCCAUGCGCAGCGGUGCCGGCCGUGUCAGCCGUCUGCCGGGAGAUGUCAUCUUUACCCAGGACGCAGCAAUGGAGUCACUGAAGCCGUCGUGGAACAUGGGUGGCGUAGACACGAAGAAGGGGCCCUGAACAGGCAACCCCAAGCGGACGGUUGAUUGUACAUAUGGCACAACCCAGACUCUUGAGGAGCUCAUAGAAACUGCUUGACAACGGAACUAGGUGUUUUUAUGGCGCGGCGAAUUGGCAGCACUGGCGAAUCAAAGCAUAGGGCCAGGUCAUAUAGACUGGCCCGGUUGCAACGGAGUUGAUGAUUUGGAUUGACGUUUUGUUCGUUUUCUUCUUGCGAGGGCUUACCGCCACCACAAAGCGACAAAUACCCUACAACAACAUAGUGGUUAAUGUCUGCUCCUGCCCGCGGGUAGAGAUGGUCGCAGCCUGUCAUGACCUGGUCGGUCUUACCUGGCACGAACUGCAUCUAUAGAGGAGUGUAUCUCGGGAGAUUUCUGUGUUUUAUUUAAUUAUUAACAAUGGUAAAAAGACUUCUAAAGAGACCCGCGUGUCUCUUGCUCUAUUCCUUUGGCCUCCGGGUCCCCUGAUAUUUUGCAUCCCUUGGCACUUCCGAGACCAGCCGUGGACAUGGAGGUCGCUGACAGAGAGUUUCUGCCGACCGUCACAAGCUCUUUUGGCGUUCCGAGUCCACGAUUGCAGCUCUCGGCCGCGAAUCAUCAUGAGUGGACGGCGAACACGCCAUGGCGAAAGCAUAUUCACCAUCUUCAACGUUGAAUCACACGUUACCAUAGGCUUACUGCCACACCAGCCAUCGAAACUCUGUUUUGCUUAGUGAGGCAGCCUGGCGAAUGCCAACGAGCCAUUCAAAGUUCCGGAUCUGGCCACUAGCACAUUAGCCACAUGCGGGCUUGAACGAUCGUCGGGGGUUCACUGUCAACAGUUGCGUACCCCUUUUCACUACUACUUUCUGUACUGGCGUGGAACCCGUCUACCGUCACAAUAUGAUGUCGGCUGAGAAAUGCCCUCUCCUCUCUGGAAUUUGACCGGUUUGCAGGGUGGCAGACACCCCUGGGCCGGUGUUUGCCUAUCGACGGUCGACUCGACCCCUUACCCUUGGGGUUAUGACGUGAAGGGGCCUGGGGGGCCUAUAGGUACUCGGCGUUAUUGGUUCUGAGAUACUUGGAACAGAAGAGCCCGACCCAGAUUCUGGCCUUGCACAAUAUGAUUAAUGAGAUAAUGCGAAACGUCAUCUCUUCUCCGUGGUGGUUUUCUCACAUAUCUAGAUGGCUUUGGGGAUGUGAACGCCUCCGGCCAGUCGAAGACAAGGGAACGCGGAGAAGGGGCGAGGGCUCGAGUAAGGCAGUGAGUGAAGCAAGCCCCUCAGGUGCGACUCCAGCAUGUCUCCGUUGACAGUUUGACCUACUACGUAGGGCAGGAGGCCAACUGCAUCAUGGUCAACUCUGUACAAUCACCUCUGAGGUCUGGGGAUAGCAGUACAUGUUUCUGAGAUGACCGGCCGA